AUGAGCGGCGGGCGGAGCGGGAGAGCCGCCGUGAAGAUGGAGGCGCCGUUCUACCCCGAGGAAGGGCUGGAGCUGCUGCCCGACUUCGUGCCGCUGCCGGGUUUCGCCGCCGCCGCAGGGCCCGGCGCCGAGGCGGCGGCUGGUCCGAAGCUACUGCUGGGUGCCGGCAAGAAGCGCGACCUGCCGCCCGCUGCCCCCUCGCCGCUGCCCGGGCCCUUCGCUUUGCGCCCACCCGGCAGCGCCCGCGGCAGCGCGGCCGCCCUGCGCCUGCUGCCACCCUCCGCCGCCCCGCCGCCGCCCCCGGGCUCGGCGCAGGGCUCGGCGCCGGGGGCCGGCGCCGGGUCGGCGGCGAAUCGCGGCGGACCGGAGGCCGCGCUGGGCUCGGCGGCAGAGCUGCCUUUGCUGAAGCUGCCGCCGGCCGCCGACCUGGAGCAGCUGCUCAUCCAGGGCGGCGCGGGGCUGGGGCCCGGCAGCCCGGGACCGGCGGCGGCCGGGGGGGCCGGCGGGCCGGCGGCGGCGGGAACGUUCCUCUACCGACAGCCGGUGACGCAGGAGCAGGAGGGCUUUGCUGACGGCUUUGUCAAGGCCCUGGCCGACCUGCACAAGCAGAACCAGCUGCUGACCGCGCCGCCGCUCUCCCCGCCGGGGCCCUGCUGCCCGGCCCGCCCCGGUGCCGCCGCCGCCGAGCCGCCUGCCGUCUACACCAACCUGAGCGGCUUCACCCCCGCGGGGCCGCUCAGCCCCUCGGGCAGCGCCUAUCCCGCUGCCUCCGCGCCGCCGCCGCCCCCCCCUCCGCCGCCGCCGCCGCCGCCGGGGUUGCCGUUCGGGCCGGCGGGGCUAGGCGCGGGGCGGCUGCCGGCGCCGCGAGCCCUGGAGGAGCCACAGACUGUGCCCGACGUGCCGCCCGCCGCCAGCGGGGAGGGAGGAGGCAGCGCCCCGACGCCGCCGUCGCUGUCGCCGCUGGACGCGGAGAGCCAGGAGCGCCUGAAGGCGGAGCGCAAGCGGCUUCGGAACCGCAUCGCGGCCUCCAAGUGCCGCCGGAGGAAGCUGGAGCGCAUCGCCCGGCUGGAGGAGAAGGUGAAGGCGCUGAAGGGGCAGAACGCCGAGCUGGCCGCCACCGCCAACCUGCUGCGCGCACAGGUCACUCAGCUGCAAGGCCGCGUCCGCAGCCACCUCUCCUCCGGCUGCCACAUCAACGCCGCCGCUCCCUCCGGGCCGCCGCCCCGCGAGCCGCCCCCGGAGGCCGCCGCCGCCACCGCGCCCGAGGCAGGCGCCUGCUGAGGAGUGGCCGGGGGAGCGGGAGAGAGGGAGCGGGGCCGCCGCGCCCGUUGAUUUCCGCGGCCACUGUGCGAGCCGGGGCUGUGCGCCGGGCGGAGUGCGCGAGGCCUGUGGAGGUGUCGGAGGUUAAGGUAACUCCUGUUUACAGAAAGACUGAACUUUACUUUCACGUGGGGAUAAAAAAUAAUAAUAUAUAUAUAUAUAUCUAUAUAUAUAUGUUUCCUAAUGCGCCAUACCGGAGUGUAUAGCAAUCGAUAAGCUUCUCAGAGUUUGAAGAAAAAGGAAAAGAGGAAAAAAAAAAAAAAAAAAAGGCCAGAAUUGUGCCCUCUGGAAAAGAUGUGCGUGUAUAUAGGUAUAUUUAAAGCAUAAUAUGGCUCUGUAUAUUUUCUUGGCAUUGAUAAAGAUUUUUUUUAACUACUGUCUUUCUCUAGAGCUUUAAUUUGCCAUUGAGAGCUCAGUCAUCCAGGUGGGUGCUCGCGCACUGAGACUGAACCUGAAGGAGAGCGGUGUUAAGUCCGGAGCAGGACAGGACGUGUUGCUGGUUCAGCUGUAGGAAAGGACAUUUCUCAGCUGUUAGCUCUGUAUUUCUUGUGCCAGUGCGAAUCUGGGGCAUUGAUAGUUAUUUAUUGAAACUUGAACACUUUUGGAUGUUGCCUAGACCUUAUUUUUAUAGAUAACGUGUUAGUAGUGAUAGCAGUUCCUUGGCAAGAAGAGCUUUACUCCUUUUCUUUCACUGUGUACAUUCCAGUAGUGUUUGCUCUUUACAUAGUAUAGCAACAAUUAAGUGCUAUACAGAAAAGGGCUCAGAUUUGGGGCGGAUUCGCUAUAAAAUGGAAAUUCUGUUGUAUGCUGUUUGAAUAAAUUGCAGAACUACUACGGAGACAUAGAUUUAUUUUUCAGUAAAGAUCUGUAUACAUUUCCUCUUGGUCUACUUUGCUCUGAAGAACCUUUUUGCAAUAUUCCGGAGAUGGAAAGAGUCAGUGCUGGAAUGUGGAACACGCUUCUGGUUGGGAAGAACUGAGGCAGUUUAUUUAUUUGUCAAGAUUUCACUAGCUGAAGGGAACAGCACAGGGACUUUUUCCUCUGAUUGCUUCGACAUAAUCCUCAACAAGUUUUGGAAAGCUGUAGAUCCCCUGCUCGGUGCUUCUGCUUGCCUCGCUUCUGUGCACUUGUGUGCUUUGAGCAUCCCCGCGCAGCCCUGGAGCCGUCUGUCGGAGUGUGGAGGCCACCAUUAAGAGCAGAGCUCCUGAGCAGGUCCUUCUGUGGAGCAGAGCCCACACCUCUCCAGUAUCACUUCGCUGGGGCCCGGAUGUGGAGCUCGACAAGGACAUCCUGUGGUGGGGACCACGGGCAUCCCAUGGUGCAGCCAUCUUUCUGGUCUGCUCAGCCUCACCAGCAGCUGCUGAACACCUGUGUUACCUCUCCUGGAGCCUGCGCUUUGAAAUUCAAGAAGAGAGCCUGGGAUGGACUUGCGUUUCUUUCGCUCUUAGUGCUCUUAGUGCUGUCUCUUCCCAAAGUUCAGCACGUUUGGUGCGUGGUCACAGCAUAGGCGUAAGGUGAUAUGCCAGUGCAUCAGAAUUGGGGUGUUGCAAGCCAGGAUGCUCUAAGGGUAUUUCUUUUCCCAGUGCAUAUGCAAAUUAGGUAGAAGCCAUAUCAAUAAUUUUGUAACUGUUAAAUCACAUCAUCAGAGCCCGUUCUGGGGUUUUAUGUGCUUGAGUGUAAUGGUAUCUUUUGCUGGUUUUAGGGUAGCUUUGGGAAUACCAAUGAAUAGAUUCUCUAACAAUACAAUUCUCUACAUGGGUUUGAAGACUUCCUUACAGGUGUUCUGAGCUGGGUAGCUACAGUCUGUAGCAGCACCUGCUGCACGAUAGCAAGGCAAAAGGCAGUUUUCACUAUGUAGCAGGUAUCACCCAUCUGCAAAGUUGCUGCAAGACUGAGAAGUUGAUAGAAGCUGUUUUUUCCCCACCCUUCUGUGCUUUCCCCAGUGAGAGAGGUCAUGCUCUGGGGAAAUCCACUGACGUGAGGUGCUCGCCUUCGCUGCACGUGUACCAAGUGUACUUCUUGUUAAAGAGCCUUGGAAAAAUAUGCAGAAGUCAUGUGUGUGGGCAGCUCUGUUUCAGUUCUUAGAUCGGCAGAUGAGCGCAGGGCUGGGUGGGCAGGGCAGAUGAAGGCUGUGCAGUGCUCAGUGCCUGUUCCUCUCCCUUUGGUAGUGCUCCAGCCAGAACAUAUUGGCAAUGCUCAGGAAGUGGGUGCAUCCUCAGACACAGGCAAUCCCUGUUAUCCCUACUGAUUGUAACUAGCCAGUCCUUAAGCCAGCAAACACUCUGUGUUAUCCCUUUACCCUUCUGGCUUUCAGCACAAUGUGUUGCCUCUCAGAGAGCUCAUACAUGCACUCCCUGAGCAGCCUGCCCCAUGCUCUGGCUCCCAUGUGAGGUUGGGUUUUGUUGGUGUUGCAAGAGGGUGCUGCUCCGCAACAGUAUGAGAGUGGAUGACCUAAGCACUUUGUGGUCUGCAACACAUGGCAAGGCUUAGGUGUGCUGCUGGGUUUGCUUCAGGUGCUGGUUUCUUCCAUUGCUGUCUUCUAAAGUGGAUCACUACUCUGUUUUCCCUAUGGCGUCCCUAUAUCUUCAGUUAUGGGUUCUGUAGUUUAUUCUUACAGUUAGUAAGUCAAUUAAUUGCUGUUUUUUCCCUCUCUGUAUCAGUUAGCUUUUGUUUUGAUCUUUUGCAUGAAUGUUGGUCACUGUGUGAUGCUCAAAGAGUGAUACCAGGUCCACUUACACAGCUUUGAUCUGUGUGGUUCGGUUUCAGUAACUGCGAAUACGUAGGGUGCUUAAGUGUCACUAUAAAAAAACAAUUCAUUUCAAGUUCCCUGGAGCCUCAGUGCUUUUUUCUCCAUCCUUCGAAGCUGUGCCAUGUUUUGUCAUACUUAAGCGUGCUGUUGCUGGUCUCUACAAAGAUUCCCAUAGUGCUCUCAAGCCCUUCUGCCUUGGUUUCACGUUCCAGAUACAAACCCAUGACAAAUGGACAAUGCUUGUUUCCUUGCCCCAGGUGUAGUCUCUGCUCUGGAGGUGGUACAGUCCCUUCCUUUAUCUGUUUUGAUUACAAGAAAUGGUUGUGCUCCUCAGCGCCUCAGGCAGUGACAUCUGGGUGUCUCUGGCUGUCCAGGCAGUUGGUGUGGGUGGUAAGUGUUCUUGCAGCUUCCAGCAUGUCUCAGGGCAGCCCAUUUGGCCUGCCUGAGGAACAGAUUCCCAGACACAAAUGCUCUUUGCACUCUAAGGACUGUAGGUCUGUAGUAGUGGUGCAUCUCCAUUAGUGAAAGGGCUGAUUCUGCUUGUUGAUUUCUUAUGAACAGCAGUAAGUAGUCUUGCAAGAGAUCAGUACCUCAAGGGAUUUGGACUCCUGGCUGCAUAUCGUAAAUCACUGUUGAAUAUUGUGUACUCUUGAAAAAAAAGAGUGUCCAUCUAAGCCUUUUCCAUCACCUUGGUUUGUGUUUAUGUCAUUACUGGCUCAGGAAUCAUGAGCAGCUCAUGAGUUUUCUUUUGGUUAUCUUGCUAAAUGUGUCCAUCUCACUUCUGAGAAAGCAGCGGUCUCCCUAGGUUAAGCCCCUGGGCAGUCUGCAGGAUGCAGCUGUUAAAAGUAGAAAUGUUAUUUGGCAUCUAAUUUCUAAUCAGGUAUUGUUCAGUGCUGUUUGACGUGUGAAGGCGUAGUAUAUUUGAAUUGUUUGUUGUGCUGAAAAUAGGGACCUGGCUGCUACACUGUGAAUCUUAACUAUUUGAGUCCAGCAGCUUCUUGGAGAAACUUUCCCUAUAUCCAAAACUAAUACAUGAGAAAAAAUUAAUAUGCUUGUAACAUGUCAUCCUGCAAUAUGUUUUAUGCAGCCUUCUGGAUUCUGAGCUGAAGAAGUUACAUUUUUUUGUGUGUGUGCAACUAUAACUGCAGCUGAAUGAUUUUGCCUCUUCCUUACCUGAUUCUCUAACUUUCUGUAUUUAGCAGUGAGAAAAAUUGGAAUAUGACAUUUCUGUGUACAUAUUUGACUGGCACAAAACUGCUUCAGUUUUCCAAGUAUUUUAUUUGCUGUUUUGCUGUAACCAUGGGAGACCACUGGGACGGUUCUGAGGGAGCCACUUUUUGGACAUUUUAUGUGGUUAGUGUUGUGUGCAGUGACUGUGAGUAUUCUAGCACAGGUGUAUGGUAACACUCAUCACUUUCAUGCUUCUGUGAGUAUUUUGGAAGGCCUGCAUCAGCAGAAAAGGCCUUGAACAGAAAGAUUUCACUGUACAUAAUAAUCCUGCAAAUGGUGACUGACGUCUUGGAAUCCGCAGUCACUUGCUGUGAUGCUGUAUCAGGAUUCUACACACUACCUGGUGUGGAAAAGGCAGAACCUCACCUUUCUUAUGAACUAUUUAGUCUUGUCACAAAUAAGUGAAACUGUACUGAGGUGUUGAGGGAUUAUAUCUGAAUGUAUUAAGACUUAGGCCGUUAUGGUUCAUCAUGGUAGAUGAAAGGUUUUAUUAGUUCUCAAUUACUCCUGUCUUCUGGUGUCAGAGGUCUCUCUCUCCACGCUGCUUAGAAAAUGGCUUGCAGCUAUUUGUGCUGUGAAAUUUCUCUCUUCAUAGUGACUGACAGUGGCUCUGAGGGAGGACAGGGGUGGCUUCUGCUUGGAGGGGCCGUGGGGCCAUGUGUGACAAACUAAGGAUUUGUUCUGUGAGGGGAAGAUUACUAUAAAUAAUUAUCCUAGGGGUGUGGCUCUAGAUCAUUACCUGCCUGUCAUUUGCUUUUGUGUCUGCCAUCAACAGGUCUGCAUCCAUAGCACAGCUAGUUGUGAGUUCAGUUCUGCUCUGGGUUCUGUACUGGUAACAAACAUCGUCUGCAAUAGAUUAAUAAACCUAAGUGCUGAUUUCUGUGGAGAAAUUAUGAUUUCUGUAGGAAUGCUUUGGAACAGUGGUUGACUACAAAGCCCUGCUAAAACCUAAUAGAUGUGCUAGCACACUACUGGGUUCUGGUAUCUAGCACGCUUCUGAGAAGACUUACUUCUGCUGCUGCUUACUGAUUAAAACCUAGGUCAGAGUAGAAUUGUAAGCCACUGAAGUAAGGUCUGUAGAGUCUUGCUGUAUCCACAACAGACCCCCUGUCCCAUCACAGAAAAUAUCGUGGAUUGCAGUCUUUAUUUAUUUUUUGUUUAUCAAUUGAGCAGUUUGAAAAUCUUUCUACUAAGUACCUUAAAGUGUCUUUGUCAACUGCAGAAGGGUGUGCUCCCCGAUUUCUGCUGGGGACUAGGUGGAGAAAGGUGAAACUAUUAAAAGUCAGACUUUUCAUUGCAUCCUCAUUCUUAGGCUGUGGUCUGUCAUUCAAAAAACCCUAAUCAGGAGCUUGAAAAUGGCAGAACUGUUUGGUACCAUCUGCCUGUCUUCUCCAGAAGACUUCUUGCUAUCAGGAAAGCACGACCCUCCUGUCUGACACAAAGGUUGGCUUUUAAGAAUGGACAGCCCUCAAAACAAACUUAUGAGGAUAGUCUUGUGGCUCACACAGGGCUUUUUUUAGAGAUCAUGCUGAGCUUCAGAGCUAUUUUUCCCUCCUCUGUAUAAUAAACCUUCAGAUUUUCUUAUGAUGCAUGGUGGCAUAAAGUUAAUAGACAGCUCAGAAGAGCCUGCUUAGGAUAUCCUCCCUUUCUUUCCUGAAAACUUCAAAUGACACCAACAGAGAACUUGCCUCUCCUAACAAACAGAACCAGGAGCAGAACUUUUGCUUUUUUUUUUCCUUUGCUAGCUUGUUACCAGAUCAGACCGUUUUUUGCUUGUUACUAAAAUGGUAUGGCAACUUCACAGCACAAGCUGGUAUAUCUGUGGUGUGUUUGUGAUAUAUGGUGUUGUAUCAUGCUUCCAGCAGGCCGACAGCAUGCAUUGUCCUUUUUUUAUUCCUUUCUCCAUGGGAAUAGUUAGGUAUUGAUAAGUGAAAAAAACAACAGUAAAAAAAAAACAAAGGCAAGAAAUCCAAGGAAAGAAUAUAGUUAUCUGCAAGAGAUUAUUUAAUGGUAAUAUUUAUUGUGCAGUAAAGUAGGGAGGAUUAGGGUUGCUCUCUGAAAUGCUUUUAUUCUGCUUUACUAUUACUGCUUAAAUGUCUUCUAAACUUGUCCUCUUUGGAAGCUGUGUCCCUCCCUGUUUUGCCUGACGAGCAGUAAUUUCACACUUACCCCUAUUUAUUUAAAGCCAUGGUAACCACCAUACUGAAAUGUCAUCAGCUACAGUCCAGAUCUGAACACUGGCUGAUGAUGCAAAGGUCUGCUCUCUAAUAAAAAGAGGCUCAUGAAGGGCGAGUUCCAAAAGGCAGUUACGCCCUGGCUUCAAGCAUUUGCUCUAAUUUCAAGGCUUUCCCAUGUGGUGUUGCUCAAUAUGUGGCAAAACAAGUUCUUGCGAGUCCCCUGAGCAUUCCUCCCUAUGUAACAGAUUAGAUAUUCACACUUCAUUAAUUUUUUUCUCCUUUCCUCUGUCUGUCCACCCCCCGCCCUCCCCCCCCCCCCCAAAAAAAAAAAAACUGAGAACAAAAGACCUAUUACAAGCAAAUCUUGGAGAAUUGCUUCUCUUGUUGCAGUGUCCUAUUCAUUGAUUAACGGAGACACUUAGGGUAGUUGUGCCACCGUGAUCAAUGUAAACAUUUAUUUACACCAGUAAUUUUGCUUUGGUUGCAGUAGGGGUCAAAGAGAAGGGAGCAAGUGUUGUAAUAUAGUAUUGUGCAAUUCCUGGCUUUCAAACUGAAAACGAUGAGCAAGCCUGCAUAGGCCUCUUACCCACCAAAAUCUGGCUGCCGAUUCUUACCACACCCACUCUUCUUAAUUACGAAUAGGUCUGUAGGCUUUUUAAGGUCAAAAGAAGAGUAGAGACCUUAAGGGAUGCUCUACUGUGAAAGUGAAAAGUGAGUCUGCAGUUCCUGGAAACAAGUUUAUCUGUUAUAUUAUCUCUAGUUUAUGCUAUCUGGAGAAAAACCUUAGGACCCCUGAGCAGGUUCCUACCAGCAAUCACUGCUGGCUCUCUGUUUCUGAACAAGUAUUGUUGUUGAAGAUGUGUUUCAGCUUCUAUACUUCUUAGACUGUGGAGUUGAAGGGCAUUCUUCCAGGAUAGUUCCUUUCUUUUUUUUCUUUUUUUUUUUUUUGCCGAGGCUUGCUUCUUCUUUCUGCAAUUUCUGCCUAGACUAAAGAUCUUCCUGAGGUUUAGGGGCCCACAUAAGUGCCCUCACAGUAUGGUAAUAUGACUCAUGCUGUGUCACUCAGAUACCCAUGAAAAGGGAGAAGCUCUGGAUGGGUGCAAGGUAGGCAAGCAGAAAUCCAUCAUUCUUUGAGCAAUACGUCUUUCACACCACUUGAGCGCAUCACUUCAAUGGAGAUCUUUCAUCAGCUAAAAAUGAUAGGACUCCUGCACAGUUGGACUCAGCACUGGGAGCACUUUGUGUUUACCGUUGUUUGUUUCUUGCUCAGUGUCCUUGUAGAAAAUACUUACAGCACCAUGAGCCUUGCAAUACAGUGUCUUGGGGUAGCUGCGGGAACUGCUCAUGUCCUGUGGUCCUCCCUUGCCUGAUCAACAUACCCAGGGGACCUCUAGAAAAGGAGAAGCAGCCCCUCCUUACUGGUUAGCCACCAGCAUCCCCAUGCUCUUUUUCUGUCCAAAAGGAGAAGUAUGAGCAAAAUGUCACUUCCUACAAUUCUGAUGUUCAAACUGAUUCUCCCUAGGCCUUUGGGCAUAGAUAGCACUGAAACGUACUUGUUCAGGGUGGCUAUUCAAAACGAAAGGUGGAGACAGAGCAGCUCAGAUUUGCCUCUGCUCUUGCAGUAGCUCAUGUGCAGGUAGUUAGUGGGUGGUUGUCUGCCUACGUGCUUUUCUGGAUUCUUACAAUUUGGGCUUAUGUGCACCUUCAUAUUCUGCCUUACUAAAUUAGCUGGCACAGAGGAAUACUCUGAAAUACCCUUCCAAAAUCUCUUCUUCAUGAAGAAUUUUUAAAAAUUAUACUAUUUGAAUAGGUGGGAAAAAAAAAAAAACAACCAAACCAAACAAAAAAAAACCGAUUUCAAAAACCCUACUUUGAGUGGAUUCAGAAACACUUCUGCUUUUUCUUUUGAAUCUGAUUAUUCGGGGAGCUCUUGAGAUAGGUGUGCUGGCCAGCAAAUUGCACACAAACCGAGGUAAUAAUUCCGAAACAAAAUGCAGUAGCUACUGAUUGGCUGGAUUUGGUCAGGGGAAGGAUUUAUGGAGGGUGCCUCUGGCAGCUUUUUUUCUGAUGUGAUUUUUUUUUUUUCACAUAAAUAGAAGCUAUAGGGCUUAAUAAUAUACAACUGAGGAUUAUGUCCAUUGUAUUUUUUUUAUGUUACUUUAACAAACUAUGUAGUACUAUAAUCAAAUUGCUUAUUUCCGAAACAAAGUGGACAAUAUUGUUUGGCAACUUGCACUUGAUUAAAUGUAAAACAUUUUCUUAAUUUAGUGAUGUGUUUAGGAGAAUACUGUAACUUACUGAAUAUACAACGGUGAUGACUGUGUUUACAAUAACUUUACAAUUCCUACUGUUCAGCGGUAGCCAACUUGCUUAAGAAUUAAAAGUAAGGCAUACUGCAGCUGUCAAUCUUGGAAAAAUUAAUGCAAUCCUGCUACCACUAGAUACCAUGGGAUGGAUACCAUGCGUUUAAACGGCAGCAGGAUUGUAUUCCAAGUCUCUGUCUUAAGUGCUUAUGACUAAAAGGCGACUUGCCUUGUGCUCAUUUAUGUAUUCCUGUGUGCAGUACAUCAGUUAGAAAUCUGUUAAUGGUUGAUUUGUAACACUAGGACCUUUAUGGGGAUCACAGUGGGAUUUUUGUUCGUUUUUGUUUGUUUAUGAUCAGAGACUUAGACAUCUUGGAAUGUAUAACAUUUAUCCUUGUGCUGGAAUUGUUUACAUGCAAAAAGGUAUUUAUGAUUUUUUGCAAAAUGCAAUGUGCAAUUUUGUACACGUGUUUUAAACUAAAGAGUUUAUAAGGAAGAUAUUGUAUGUACAAUACUUGGACAUGAGUAUUAUUUCUUUGAUAUAAAUAUCUAGAGGAAAAUUAAAGUUGCUUUAUAUUCAUA